CGCCGAGUUGGCAGAUACUACCGACAUUGCAAGACACAUUUCUCUUUGGUGUCAUUGCAACAUUAUAAACAGACGAAGUACCAGACGAACUCUACAAUGAAGGAAACAGAUAGAUCGAAUCCUACUCGGUUGUAGUUGCUCAGUCAUUCGCACGUUCUUCACCUUUUGCCCCGACCAAUGUUUAUUCAUUCUGCCGCAAAGUCGGCAACAACGACAGUGGCUCUGCCGAAGGUCCAUCAGUAUUUCGUACAUCACAUGCCGGCUAUUCUCGUACCAACUAUUCUCGUACAAACGGCAGAUCCUCCGAGCAAUGUUUAUUCAUUCCACCAGAGGGAUCGGCAUCAACAACAACCGUUGCUCUCCCGAAGCUCCAUCUGUGUUUCGUACAUCACAAGGCGGCUAUUCUCGUACCAACGGCAGAUCCCCGAGCAAUGUUUAUUCAUUCCGCCAUACGGAUCGGCAACAACAACAACAACGGGGGCUCUCUCGAAGGUCCAUCUGUAUUUCGGACAUCACAAGGUGUCUAUUCUCGUUCCAACGACAGAUUCCAAAGGCCGGGAAAGUAUUUCGUAUUUCGCAAGGCGACUAUUUUCGUUCCAAUGACAGAUUCCGAAGGGCGGGGAAGGUAUUACUGUAUAAGCUGGUGCAGGCAGUCGGCUAAUUUGCUCAUUUUCCGACUGUUCCUGCGUCGGUUGUAAUUAGUAUCUUUUCCGCUGGUGAGAGCUGCAGGACAUGAGAAAGUUUCUGGUCACGACUAAAUCUUUAUAUAAUCGACGAACAGCACGUGUCACUCGUCGGGUGCACAACUCCUUCUUAACUUCUUGGAUGUGUUUCAUCGCGUCUCUCCAUUCUGUUCAGCUCAUGUUUAGACUCCGGGAUUUGGCUCGCUCGGUUUCCUACAAAGAUGACACCUCGAGAUAAUAAGACAGAUGGGAAGACCUUAUCAGGAAACAGGUCAAUACGUCCUCUAAUACCUAACAUAUCUGACUUAUCCAGGUCAACCCCUAUAUACCCCCAAGCAUCAUCUAAAUUAAAUUUCUCUCUGAUUACUAGGAAACAAAUUGUGUCAUAGUAGAUUCGACCAAGAAAGUAAAUCGAGAGUAUUAUCCCAGGGUUUGACUUAUGAUAAUCACGAGCAGCUAGAAGAAGUAAUGGCCGAGGGUAAUGCUCAAUCAUUGUCCCAGUUAUCUUUGAAAACAGGGAAUCAGAACAAUAGGAAUGACAUUUUCCAGAGAAGACUACUUCUUCGCAGUAGGUUAGCCUUAUGGCACUUCCUUUGUAGUCACCCAGAGAACAUGUAGACUUGAAAUUUUAUUUCAAACAAAUUAUGUCUUCUCGAAACUAAUACCAUGGUUCAUAUGUCAUUAAGUGAUAAACACAAACUUCCAUAGAGUAACGUUAUUUCCAAAUCAGUAUUCAUAUACAUCAG